CGCCCUCUCAAAAGUGCCAGCGAGCUGUCAUUUACGAAAUUAGGUUGUGUUUUUCUUAUCUUGACAAAUUCUUUUGAUUUAAAAUCGCCGAAAUGUCGAAUUCUAAAGAAAGUGUCGCCGCCCCCGACUCGGAAAAUCUGUGCGUGGUCUGCUGCAAGAACGUGGAAAUCUACUCCGUGGGCAUCUGCGACCACCCCGUCUGCUUCGAGUGUUCCACCAGAAUGCGGGUGCUGUGCAGCCAGAACGAGUGCCCCAUCUGCCGGGGGCAGAUGCCCAAAGUCAUUUUCACUAAAGAAAUAUCCCCCUUCAGUUCGCUCUUCUCCACCUUCCAAACCACCCACCUCCAGGACCGCAAAUACGGCCUGAUCUUCAGCUCCGAAGACAUCAAAAAAGCGUACCAACAGCUCCUCGAGUUCCGGUGCGCCCUCUGCGCCAAAGCUGGCGGCAACCGCCGGUGCAUCUUCUACACGUUCCAGCAGCUCAAGGACCACAUGCGGCGCGAGCACAACCUGGUCUACUGCGACCUCUGCGUGGAGAACUUGAAGAUCUUCUGCUUCGAGAGGCGCUGCUACACGAAGCAGGAGCUGGGGUACCACCGGCGGAAGGGCGACCCGGACAACACCUCCCACCGGGGCCACCCCCUGUGCGAGUUUUGUGAUACCCGGUUCAUGGACAGCGACGAGUUGUUCAGACAUUUGCGUCGCAAUCAUUUGUUCUGUCAUUACUGUGAUGCCGACGGCAAACACCAAUACUAUAAUUCGAUGGAUGACCUUCGUAAACAUUUCCGUGAUGAACAUUACCUCUGCGAGGAGGGGGAGUGCAGUAAUAUGCCACUAAUAGCUGUGUUCAGGACUGACAUCGAUUUGAAAGCUCAUGUAGCGAGGGAGCAUGGGAGGCACUUGAGCAAGUCUGCGAAUAAGCAGGCGAGGACGCUCGAGUUGGAGUUCACGUUGGCGCCGAGGCCGGGGACUGAUAGGAGUAAAAGGCAGGGAGCUGCGCGCGCUGAACGAAACGACGACGAAGGUGCUGUCGGUUACGACACCGAGCCCGGGGGACCCGGAGGGGGCAUAAAACAAAUCCACUCAUUAACCCCCCAAGACUUCCCCGCCUUAGGAAAUUCCACCGUAACGGUGCAAAGUCGCCCCACUACAACAGUUAAUUUUACCUCAAAAGUAAAUCCUUUUAGUGGAGAAGAUUUUCCUUCUUUGGGUGGUUCCCGAACCCCCGCCGUGACAAUAACCACCGACUCGUCAGCCUCGCGAAAAAAGGGUUCCGGAGUGACCAUAACCCGCACCCUCCGAGGCAGUUCAGCCCAAAACCUAACCAAAACCGCCGAGAACUUCCCCUGCUUAGGACCGCCAUCCACCGGAACCAGCACCGUUCACUUAAGUUUAAACAACGUACAAAACUCCGCCCCCAAUGUCUCCAUUCAUGUCAAUCACAACGGAGCUAUUACAACGACGCAUAUUACUAGUACCUCCUCACAUUCUAAUAAUUAUAACAUGAAUCAAAGGCCCGUGGAGGCCUUUCCUGCUCUGGGCGGCGGCAGCGCACCGUCGAAUCCCCAGUGGGUGCACCAGAAACCGAAAAAGCAAGAGUCGAGAUUAAGUAAAGUCGCUCCGGCGCCUGCGUUACCACCAAGUGACUUAAGUCAGUUUCCUGUACUCAGUAAAGCGAAAAGCGAGAAGGCGAAGAAGUCGUCGAGUGUCACAGUGCCGGUGUCUGGUACGUGGGCUAGUAAUUCUAGUAAUUCUAAAACGAGUAGCAAUAAUAACACGAGUAGGAUUAACAAGAACAUCGAUACCGCUAUUUCCGCCUCCAAACAAAGCGAAUCGGAUAGUAAAUCGAAAAACAAAAAACACAAAAAGAAAAGCGCGUAUUCGAGUAGCAACGGCGAUGGUGAUAUUAAACUAGAAAAGUACGAAGAAAGAGAAAAAAAUUUUAAGCAAAGUGAAGAAAGUAAAGAUAGGUCGUACGAACAAAAAGAGAAGAACGGGAUUGUUAAGAAACGAUCAGAACUGAAUAUAGGAUCUUUGACUUUGAACGAUAAUUCGAAGCCCCAGCCACCUCCGGGUUUCCCCGUGAAGCCGCCGCCAGGUUUCAACGUCACCAACCAAAAUUUCCCUAGUUUGACGGCCGCUAACGACUUGACGUUUACGAGUAGCAGCGGCCAGUCGUACUCGAUUAAACCCAGCAGUUACCACCAACCGACUAAUUUUGUUUCUCGUAAUCAAAAUUUAAUCAAACGGUCGAUGAACGUGCUGAACAAUGACAUGAUUAAGGAGUUUAAGACGUAUUCGACGAAAUUUAGAGACGGCGAUAUGGCCGCUGACCAGUACUACGAGUACUGCAGGGCCGUGUUGGGGCCAAAUUUCAAAGAACUGUUCCCGGAAUUGUUGGUGUUGCUACCGGACGUCGAAAAGCAACAGGAGUUGUAUAGGGUUUGUGACGCAGACUCGAAGAAGCAUUUGGUUUUGUGUGAGAAUUGUAGUCAGGUCGUCUUCAAGAGGGAGCUACGAGAGCACUAUAAUUUUCACACUUUGGAAAGUCAGUUUCCAAGUUUGGGCAAGACUGCGGAAACUGCGAAUGCCUGGAAAAAGUAGGCUUUUAUCGGGGGCUUUUUAGUUUGUUUCACUCUUGAAGUGCCCCUUUCGUUUUAAAUAAAUUUUCAUUUUAUUGCAUUGAUUGGAUUUUUGUUGGUUUGUCAUUUUCGCCUACAUGUGAUUUCGUUAACUAACAAGGUGAUCAUACUGUGGACUUUUGAACAAUGUAAAUAAAAUUCGUGUUAUAGUUUUGUAUGAUAAAAGUUUAAGUUUGUAUUUUUAAAUAUGAAUAAAAGUUUAAGGAUCAAGA